UGAUAGGAUAUAUUAUUUUCCAUGUAGCACUCCCUACUUCAUAUCUAUAAAUGUGUGAUUACAUAGUUGGAGAUAUUAUCCAAACUACCCUCCUGGUUCAUAUCUAUUACUAUGUAUGUAUCGUCAUCCUCAGAGUCGCGGCAACUGUGUCGCCAGUUUACGUUAUCUGAGAUUCAGCUAGCAACCAGAAACUUUGAUGAGUUAUUAGUCAUAGGCUUGGGGGGGUUUGGCAAGGUUUACAAAGGAACCAUCUAUGAGCCAAAUCUUUUGGCUGCUGCCAUAAAGCGGCUGGAUUCGACUUCUAAUCAAGGAGCAUCGGAAUUUUGGGCUGAAGUAAAUAUGCUUUCUAACCUAAGGCACUGUCACUUGGUGUCUUUAAUUGGUUAUUGCAAUGAUGGGCAAGAAAUGAUACUUGUUUACGAAUAUAUGUCAAAUGGAACACUUGAAGAUCAUCUCCACAGACGCCAAACCCCUCUAUCUUGGGUGCAAAGGCUCACAAUAUGCAUAGGGGCUGCUCGCGGGUUAGAUUAUCUUCACACUGGUACAGGUAUUAAGCAUGGACUUGUGCAUCGUGACGUUAAAAGCUCAAAUAUAUUGUUGCAUAACAGUUGGGAAGCUAAGAUUUCAGAUUUUGGAUUGUCGAAAAUAUGUCCGAAAAACCAGCAGACCACUCAUGUCAACACUGUCGUAAAAGGCACGUUUGGAUAUCUUGAUCCUGAUUACUUUUACACCGGUAAGCUGACCAGAAAAUCUGACGUGUAUGCUUUUGGAGUAGUGUUGUUUGAAGUUUUGUGUGGGAAACGAGCAGUAGAUACAACUAUAGAUGAGGAGCACUGGGGUUUGGCUAGAUGGGCUCAAGACUCCAUUAAAGAAGGCAGGCUAAAGCAAAUCGUUGAUACUAAUAUAAGGGAGACAUUAUCCACUAAAUGUUUGAAGGACUAUGCAAGGCUAGCAGAUCGGUGUUUACAUAGCCAUCCAAAGAAACGACCUACAAUGGCGGAGAUUGUGGCGGGUCUUGAGUCUAUUCUAGCCUCACAGGAGAAAGCCAACAAAACAUUGCAUGGUGGGGGCAUGACAAUAUUUGGUAAAAGAGUACCAAUGUUUGUCUUUCCAUCCAAUGGUAACAACUCAGUAGAAAGUACAAGUUCAAGCUCCUUAAAGUUAUUUUCUGAUUUUGUUGGAGACGAAAGCAGAAUACCGUACGAGUUUGAUUAUGAUACUAUUUGUGUUGCAACUGAUAACUUUUCUGACGCUAAUGUAGUUCCGCAAUCUGCAUUUGCUUCCAUGUAUAAGGGGACGCUAGAAAAUGGACAGAGAGUCGGAAUUGCAGGACCUUAUUCUAGUUCUGAAUGCCGAAGAGCUGAAGAUGUAUUGUCAUUACUGGUGCAACUUCAACAUGAGAAUUUGCUUAAGUUGCUUGGAUAUUACAUUAAAGAAGCAAAACCGUUCUUUGUGUUUGAGCUUGCAGCUAAUGGAGGCUUGGAUCGCUUGAUAUAUGAUCCUAACUGCGAUGUUUUGGGGUGGAAUGAGCGGUACAAAAUACUACUAGGUGUUGCAAGGGUACUUCUUUACCUUCACAAGGAUGCUCCCAUUCGGAUCAUACAUGGUGAUGUCAGACCUGAAAACAUUCUUCUAGAUGAAAGCUUAGAGCCCAAACUCUCAGAUUUUAGAUUUGCAAGAUGCUUGAUUAACGAGACUGAUUGUGUUGAUACGGAUGUGAUUCAUUGGACCUCGUCUCAGCAUGGUCGUUUGUCAACUAAGUCCGAUGUCCUCAGUUUUGGCAUGUUGAUUUUGAAAACUAUAAGUGGAUGCAGGACAUACAAUGGCAUUCCUGCAGCUAAUGAAAACUUCCUACAAUAUGCUUGGACGAAUUGGUGGGAAGGAACAUAUUCAGAUAUCGUUGAUCCUAGAAUUGAUGCAGAUUCAAGUUCCAUAAGAAGAUUUAUCCACAUUGGGUUGUUAUGUGUUCAAGCAAAUGCAAUUGACAGACCAACAAUGAAGGAUGUCAACAGCAUGCUGCUUAGCAGUUCCUUUCUUACCCUCCCUAUUCCUAAAAAUCCACAUAUUAUGGAAGAUGAGUGUGCUUGUACAAAUGGUCAUGAAGUUUUGUCGAAUAACUACGGUUCUGAGACAGUUAGAGGAAUUGGUAUUGGAGCCAGAACGGUUCCUGCACGAGUUUUAGAAGAGGAUUUGGCUUAUACAAAUAGUCAGGAAGUUUUGUCGUCGAAUAACUAUGAUUUUGGGACAGCAGAGGACUUCAUUUUGGAGCUAGAACCCCGAUAAAAGCCUUUUACGUGUAUGAACAGGGUCGUGCAUAUUAAUUGAUAGCAAGUAGCACAAAAUAUAGGCGAAAACGACAACGCAUUUGUACCAAGAGUGUAUGCCUAAUGUAUGCUUCAAUGUUAUUAUUUCAAUCCUUGCAUAUUGAUGGUGGUGGAACUGCUAAUGAUAAUGGUUCAAAACUUCAUAUGGAUAAAUCACAAAACUUACCU